AUGGCCCCCAACCUGAAGCAGCUGCCGGCCUUCGACGAGCUCCCCAAGUAUCACAACUUCACAGGUUGCGCUUGGGAUGUUUGGGGCAAGGAUGAUCAGCUAGGCACAAUUAACCUGUUGACCGAAGAAGUAGUCAAAGAAGCUGCCAAAGAGAUCAAAUUGGGCAAGACUGUCUGCCUCAAUUGGCCCGUCAAUUUCCCCAGUAAGCCUCAUUUCGGUCGUCAAACACCGCAGCACAAGAUCUGGGCAAAGGGACCCGCCGUCAACGACGACGCUCUGCACAUCAACACCCAAUCAGGUUCACAAUGGGAUGGACUGCGACACUUUGGUCUCCUCGAGCAUGGCGUGUUCUACGGGAACACUCGUACCGAGGCCAUUCCACGCGGCGAGCUGUUUCUGAAGGGACCCGACGACAUAGACCCGGAGGCCAUCAAGUAUGGCAUUCACAACUGGGCCCAGCAUGGUAUCGUUGGUCGUGGUGUCCUCCUGGAUAUCGUGCAGUACUACACGGCUUCGGGAGACCCGCUUCCAUACGAUCCAUGGAAGACGUAUGGCAUCUCUGUAGAUGUGCUGCAGGAUUGUGCGAAGAAGCAGGGUGUCAGCUUCCAGCAAGGAGAUAUCCUCCUCCUCCGCGUUGGCUAUUUGCAGAAGUGGUUCGCCGCUUCCCAAGAACAACGGGAUGAUCUCGGCAGCAAGGCAGAGACAUUGGCUGGUAUUGACCAGACAGAAGACAUGAAGCGAUUCCUUUGGAACAAUCACUUCGCAGCAAUCGCCUCUGACCAACCUGCAAUUGAGCGUUGGCCUGCAGAUGGGCCGGGCCAUUUUCUUCAUGAGACUAUUCUUGGCUUGUUCGGCAUGCCAAUCGGUGAAUUCUUCGACCUGGAGGCGCUAUCGAAAGUGUGCGCAGAGACAGGGAGAUACACGUUUUUCUUCACGUCCUGGCCGCUGAACGUAUUAGGGGGUGUCGCAAGUCCACCAAAUGCCGCCGCGUACCUUUGA